AUGAAUGUAAUAAUCAAUCAGUACAAGCAGUGCCUUGUUGACAUAAGCGGUGCAGUAAAAGACGACGUCAAACUAUACAUUGCAAGCUUGCUGGAAGAUGUUGGUAACAAGUCGUUCGAAGAGCAAUCUGGCCUCACUCUCAGUAACUGUAGCAACGUCAAUAUUGCUACUGUCAACUACGGAACUCAAGUGGUGGGUAAUCACAGUAACAAGAAAAGAAAAAUAUUUGAAGAAUCUGCUUCGCCUUUGUCUUCAACAUCUUUGGCAUCUUCACCUUUACAAACAUCACCAGCAGAUUUGGCGCCAACAGAAAAAACCUUUGCAUAUUUUUACGACGAAUUUGAAAGUGAGGAAGAAAUAGAAAUAGUUGUGGAAGAAGAUGUAAAGUUAGAGAAAUUGAAUGUUGUACAAAUCGGAAGAAAUAUCGGCUCCGAGCUAACAAGGAAAUAUUAUCCGAAGAACUUGAUUGACAAGACAGAAAUGAUUACCAAAGAAAUCCCUGACUCCUUUGUGAAAGACCAAGAUUUUUAUAACAGAAUUUUCGAUACAAUAACACUUGCCAAAGAACAAUCUUCGAAUGAGUUACUAGCGGAAGUAUAUUUCUCAGUUUUUAAAUCAAAUGAGCCUUUCAUGAAAUUCUUUCAUGUUGUUGUUCAUCAUUGUGAUGUUUCUGGAAUGUUCAUCGAAGAUAGUGAUAUUUACAAGCUUGAAACAUGCUAUAAUUAUCGAAUCAUAUGGCCGAUAAUCGACCAUUUAUCAAAAUCAAUUGAAACCACCAGAUUUCAGCCUGGAGAAGUUAGAUUGCAGGCCGUGUGUGAUGAAUUGAAGUUGGUACACAAAGGUAGUAGUUCUUACUACAAUGCUGAUGGUGUCAUUAUCAACGACAAACAUAGUAUAGAAAUUGCCAUUGUUGAAACUACAGGUCCCUUUCACCUUUCAAACAACCCAAAGGAGACACAUGAUUACAUUAAGGCUGGCUAUGGAUUAAUAUCAAUGCUUCAUUACAUUGGCCGAAAGUUUUCUUAUGGAGACUUUGACAUCUUUAAAAGAAUUGGUGUAUUCUUUGUUCAAAAAAUGAUUAUAGAAACUUAUGAAGCAAUAGACGCUUUAGAAAGUUCCCAUAUCAUCAACAUGAAGAUAAAGACUAGAAAAGCACCUGGUUAUGAAGACAUUAGUGAGAUCCAGAAUAAUUUCAAAAAAAAUACUAUCAUUAAGCUUCCUAAUGUUUAUAUCCAAAAGACAAGUAGGCUUAACAUGAAUAGUUCACCUAAUAGGCCUGAUAAUUAA